AUGGCCGCCUCCACCCUGUCUGUCUGCUCCAGCGACCUGAGCUAUGACAGCUGCACCUGCCUGCCUGGUUCCAGUGACUCUUGUACCAGCUCCUCCUGGCAGGUGGACGACUGUCCAGAGAGCUGCUGUGAGCCCUCCUGCUGCGCCCCCAGCUGCUGCCUGUCCACCUGCUGUGUCCCCAGCUGCUGCCAGCCCUCCUGCUGCGCCCCCAGCUGCUGCCUGUCCACCUGCUGUGUCCCCAGCUGCUGCCAGCCCUCCUGCUGCACCUCCUCCCCCUGCCAGCCGGCCUGCUGCACGCCCGUCUGCUAUAGGCCCAUGUGCUGCACGCCCGUCUGCUGCAGGCCCAUGUGCUGCACGCCCGUCUGCUGCAGGCCCGCGUGCUGUGUGCCCGUCUGCUCUGGGGCCGCCUCCUCGUGCUGCCUGCCCACCCCCUGCUCCUCGGCCUGUUGCAGGCCCUCCUCCUGCGUGUCCCUCAUCUGCCGCCCCGUGUGCAGACCCGCCUGCUGCGUGCCCAUCUCCUCCUGCUGUGGCCCCUCCUGCUGCCAGCCCAGCUGCUGCCGCCCGGCCUCCUGCGUGUCCCUCAUAUGCCGCCCCGCGUGCCCCCGCCCUUCCUGCUGUGUCCCUGCCUCGGCCCAGAAGUCCUGCUGCUGA